CGUUAAAAGUGGCAGCGAUCAUCCUUCGUGAGAGCUGCGAAGGUGGGCGGUCAAAAGCCACAGGCAUCACGGACUGAGAGAACAGCUUCAGUCGGGCAACCAGCAUUCCGAGAGAGAAAGAUAAUUCAGGUCUAUAUACUCCAGUGACGGGCGGCGAUUUAUUACUUCAUACAAGUGACAGCGAAAUUUCACACCGAAACCGACAAGGCGACAAGCCUUUUGUUUUGACGUGGAAACGGACACUUUCUGAAAAGCCUUUUCCGGAACCUCUCUCCCUUUCCAUCCGCACUGUGCUACGGGAUGUCGCCUCUCUCUCUCAUCCUUUUGACCAUUGAGCUUUUCGGCUUCUCUGCAACUUCCAAACCUCAUCGGUUCGACAGGACUCUGUUUCUUAUAGCUGAGAGCGAUCGAGGGGGUUUGUGCAACAUUGACUGCUCCAAAGCACAACAGAAGCCAGUCUGUGGGAGUGACAGAAAGUUCUACAAAUCCCACUGUGCCUUUCAGCGAGCAAAAUGCAGGGAUCCGACCCUUGAAACAAUGCCACGGAGCCGAUGCAGUGAGAGGGCCACAGCAAGAUGCCAAGAAGACAGAGCCCAAGCACUAGCACAAACAAGGAAAGCAACAGACUCCAUUAUUGUACCAGAAUGCAAUGAGGAUGGCUCCUUUGCACAGGUGCAGUGCCAUAAAUUGACAGGCUAUUGCUGGUGUGUCACACCUGAUGGCAAACCAAUCAGUGGAUCUUCAGUCCACAACAGGACUCCAACCUGUUCAGAUUCCACUAAGGACAAAACAUCCCAGCGGGGGCGUGACUCUAGCAGGAUGGAACAAGGAAUAAAGCUUCGGCCCACCACAAGGACUCUGAUUCGCAACACAGGUAAAGGUGAAGCAUUGGAUCAUCGCAAGCAGAGGCCUGUUGAGGACAGACAUAAAGAUGCACUGCUAAUCUCCAAAAAUCCAGAACUGACGUAUCCAGCCCUAUGGUUUCUAUUCACUAGAGAUGCCAAAUCAAACCGCAGUGCCAAGCUAGACCAGCCCGUGUCGUGUGACCAGGAACGUCGAUCUGCCAUUGAAGAAGCAAAACAGCAUCAGUACGAGGGAGCCUUUGUUCCACAGUGCAGCUCAAAUGGACUGUACAAACAGGUGCAGUGCCAUCAAGCUACUGGAUACUGUUGGUGUGUUCGAGUUGACUCAGGACAUCCAAUCCAAGGCACAACUGCACGUAACCAGACACCUGAUUGUGGCAGUGCUGGAAGGUCAAAAAUCUCUGAGAUGGCUCCCCUUUUCAGAGAUAGGAAACUCCAAGGUUGUCCUGGUGGGAAGAAGACUGAAUUUGUGGCAGGAUUGUUGAAGUCCCUCAUCAUGGACAUGGACCAAUCUGGUUACCAUUCAACAUGGAGAAGAGUUUCUGAAGGAUCUACUAGUUUCCUGUUGGAGGAUCGUGCUAUUCGCUGGUAUUUUGGGAGACUGGACAAGGACUUCAACAAUGAGAUCUCUGAGAAAGAGCUGAGACCCUUUAAAGUUUACCUGAGGAAGAAUGCCAAGCCAAAGAAGUGCACAAGAAAGUUUAUAGAAUACUGUGACCUUAACAGCAGCAAGUCCAUUUCAUUGCACGAGCUGAAGGGAUGCUUGGGGUUCAUCAAAAGCAGAAGUAGGCCUAUGUUUUAAUGACUUUUUGUCUUCAUGUUUAUCAAAGUGAAGAUGUUAGUGCAGAGAUAUGGGGAGUAAGUACAGUAUAGAAGUUAUGUGACUGAAUUAGUAACCCAGAAGUCUAUAUAUUAAUUUGGUGGUUUGGAGUCUGUUUUGCUUCUUUGACAAUUGCAACCACCUUCUGAAACUCACCUGUUACCAAAGCUAAAACAGAAAUUUCUGGAAAAACUCAGCAGGUCUGGCAAUAUUUGUGGACAGAAGGCAGAGUUAAUGUUUUGAGUCCAGUGACCUGUUUUCGGAACUCAGUUCUGACAUUAACUCUGCUUUCUCUCUACAUAUGCUGCUCGACCUGCUGAGUAUCUCCAGCAAUUUCUGUUUUUGUUCAUCGGUUACCAAGUUUAUCAACUGCAUUAAGAAUAUAUAUUGUAAAUAGUCUGGAACAAUGCCUGACUGGGUCAAUAUCAUUGUCAUAUACUAAGUGCCUAUGGUCAUCUCAAAAUGCUUUUACAAUGAGUGUAUUGGCUGUCACUAUAUUCUGGAAGUACCACAGAGACAGUGUAAUGAAUAUCAAGGUCAUCACAAUGAAGGUCUGUUUUUGACCUAUUGCUUCAUUUUGUUGAUAGUUAUGGAUCUAUUUUAUUAAUAAAUCUUCUUAGCUGUCUGCUGUUAA